AUGAAGGUAUUAUACAUUGUCAUGAAGAAUGAAAGCUGUAAUUUUUUCUCUUGGAUCGACCCUCUUACCUGUGACCGGCCUGAAAAAAUCAUGCUUGGGUUAUUGAAGAAGAUGAAGUCAGUGGAGAGAGCAAAUGAAAAUAUCAAAUUUGAGAAUACCAAAUUGGAGGAGAAGGUUGAAAAACUGGAGGAGAAGAUUGAAAAAUUGCAGAAAAAGGUUGAAAAAUUGCAAGCAUUGAACAAGAGGUUGGUUGAAAAGAAAGAAAAAAUGGAGAUGAAAAUGGGACUUGUCUCCCUUGACUUUGGAACUAGACUAUUAAACCUCAAACAAAGCUCAACUGCACAACUCAACCAUUUCAUUGUCAACUAA